AUGGUAGAGGUUUCUCAUCUCCAGUUUGCCGACGACACCAUUUUUUUCAUAGGGGAUAAUGAAGAGUAUUGGAAUAAUCUCCUUCAGAUCCUGGAAGUGCUCUAUUUCGCAUCGGGCAUGAAAAUCAACAAAUCGAAAUGUUCUCUAGUUGGCAUUAAUCUUGACGAUGGGCGGUUGAAUGAACUAGCAGGGGCUUGGGGUUGCGAAGUGGGGGCUUGGCCUAUGUCGUAUUUGGGUCUUCCCCUAGGUGGGAACCCCAAAGCGAUCAAGUUCUGGGAUCCCGUUGUGGAAAAAGUGGAGAAUAUAUUACAAAAUGGAAGAAAGCCUGUUUAUCCAAAGGGGGAAGACUCACAAUGA